GAGCAGAGGAGGAGGAGGAGGAGGAGGAGAGCCAGCCCCAGCAGAGCAGAGCAGAGCAGACCGGAGCGCAGCAUCCACAGCAGAGUCAUGGUACCUUAGUGAUGUGGCAGCAAUUUCGACAGCUAGAAAUGCCCCGUGAAAUUCUCGGAGUGAGAGGGAGAGAGCAAAUAUAAACGAGAGAGAGAGAGUGAGAGAGAGAGAGAGGGAGAGAGAGAGAGAGGGGGGAGAGAGAUAAAAAGAGAGAGGGAGGAUUCAGCUGCUGCAGACAUUUCCAGCGGUGCCUGCCCGCCUGUCGACGCUGUCGCUCGGGAGCGCGUAUAGCGCGUCAGAGCCGGUGACUGAGCCACUCCGACAGAAGACAAGAGCGACAGAAAGACCCGAAAUAAAGAGAGACCAAGUCCACUUCUCCACGCGUUCCCCGCUGACACUUGGGUUUGGACCCCGCGCUCCUGCUGAUGUGGAGAAAUUUAUUCCGUGUAAUGGCCUUGACUGAGACAGCGUGUGUCCAAAGAAUUUGUGGGAGAGAGAGCACAUCUCAUCAGCGAAUUAAGAAAAGGGGCUGACACACUGCAGUGAGUCCGGCCCCCGUGAAGCCUGAGAUCCCACAGAUCUCAGUGGAAGGCAGCCAGAAAAACCAUUAAUGUCAAGCCUCAAAGACCUCUGCCACUUUGAUGUGUGAGCACACCUACCAAUAAUGGCCCAUAGGAUACAGAGUGGAAACACAGCUGAGGCAGACAUCUUCAUGAAUCCCACUGAGGUCAACCUGCAGACUCGCUUCCAAAACCUCAUCUGACUUUUGCAAGAUCCUGGUGACAGAGUGUUCAACAUGAGGCUGGUGUGGAAAUCCCUGGACAAGAUGAGGUGUCUGAGGAAACGCUCCACUAUUCCAUUCCUCGGCUUCCUCAUCACGUUCCUCCUCUUCCUGAACCUCUACAUUGAAGAUGGCUAUGUGCUGGAAGAGGAUAAACGGCAGCUCAGGGAAGCGUCGGUCCACCCUCCGAGCUCGGAGCGAUACGUUCACACCUUCAGAGACCUCAGCAAUUUCUCCGGAGCCAUUAAUGUCACGUAUCGUUAUCUUGCUGGGACCCCGCUCAACCGCAAGAAGUAUCUUACCAUUGGACUGUCAUCCGUGAAAAGGAAAAGAGGAAACUACCUCCUGGAGACUAUCAAAUCCAUCUUUGAUCAGUCCAGUUACGAGGAACUGAAAGAGAUCGUGGUUGUGGUCCACCUGGCCGACUUUGACCUGGUGUGGUGUGAGAACCUGGUGCAGGAAAUCACCAGGAAGUUUGCUCACCACAUCAUAGCGGGCCGCCUCCUGGUGAUCCAGGCGCCAGAGGAGUAUUACCCGUCUCUGGACGGAUUAAAAAGGAACUACAAUGACCCCGAGGACCGCGUCCGUUUCCGCUCAAAGCAGAACGUCGACUAUGCUUUCCUCCUCAACUUCUGCACGAACCUCUCCCACUUCUACAUGAUGCUGGAGGACGACGUGCGCUGCUCUAGGAACUUUCUGACAGCACUGAAGAAGGUGAUCACGUCAAGGGAAGGCUCCUACUGGGUGAUGCUGGAGUUUUCCAAGUUGGGCUACAUCGGGAAGCUCUACCACUCCAGAGACCUGUCACGUCUGGCUCAUUUCCUCCUCAUGUUCUACCAGGAAAUGCCCUGCGACUGGCUACUCAUCCACUUCAGAGGGCUGCUGGCCCAGAAGGAUGUGAUCCGCUUCAAGCCCUCACUUUUCCAGCACAUGGGCUACUACUCGUCUUACAAGGGAGCAGAGAACAAACUGAAAGAUGACGACUUUGAGGAAGACUCGAUAGACAUUCCUGACAACCCACCUGCCAGCCUUCACACAAACAUCAAUGUCUUUGAAAACUAUGACGCCGCCAAGGCUUAUAGCACAGUGGAUGAAUAUUUCUGGGGGAAGCCUCCUUCCACGGGGGAUUUCUUUGUCAUAGUCUUUAACAAGUCCACCAAAAUUAGCAAAAUAAAGAUUGCGACGGGUUCUGACGACAGGCAGAAUGACCUUCUUCACCACGGAGCUCUGGAAGUAGGGGAGAAACUAGUCGGGACUAAAAAAGGGAAACAGUGCUCUUCCUAUAUCACAUUAGGGGAGUUUAAAAAUGGCAACAUUGAGGUUCUUGAUGUAGACCACAAGAUUGCCUUUGAGAUUGAGUGUGUACGCAUCGUGGUGACAGCCAGUCAGAAAGAAUGGCUUAUAAUAAGGAGUAUAAGUUUAUGGACUACACAACCUCCCAGUCAGUGAGGACUAUACACAGACUUUUAGUAUGCUGUAGAGGCAAAGAAUUAUUAUUAUUAUUAUUAUUAUUAUUAUUAUUUAAACUGAUAGAUCCAAUUUGUUUUCAAGUGUGCUUGUAUGAGAUACUGAAACACAGUCAGCACUGCCUGCAGGCCCCUGUUGGCCUGCUGUGGCUAAAAUCUGUUUUCCCUUGUGUCCCCACUGGCCGCCAUGUUUUCAGUGAAAUCAUACAACCCUGUCUUAUUCUGAUUCUGGGCAGUGGGUCCAUCUUGGGUUGGGGGGGGCACACAAAUAUCCGGCACUGUGUGUCAGUGUCUCACACGACAACCUGAACCACGUAUGUAUUUCUAGGUUUAUUUAUUGGUUUUUGUAUGUGUUAAUUGAUGCUCAUUUUGUUUGCUAAAUCAAUCAAUAGUUUUUUAUACCUGCAAGUUGUAUAAUCUUAGUGGAGCAUCUUCACAGUUGAUCCAGGACUGUUCGACUAACCUCAGAGUAUAAAUGAGCGUACGUUUUUAAGCUUUUCCAUAAGGCUUUAUUAGAUAAUUCAGUAUUCUGUUCUAGUGGUUGCCCUGUUAUACUGACAUGUUUCGUUCUUGGUUCCUUAUUUUACCAUGAACAAAUUGUACAAAAAAGACCAAAUCCAACAUGAAGUGAUCCGAACAACAAGUACUGCCAUGUCUGAUAGAAGUCUGAUUCUGAUGUUUUUCUGGUGCCUCAUUGUUGUCCAAGAACAGAUUCAUCGAUAACCAUUAAAACACGCACACACACAAACACACACAUGCUGUAGCUUAUUUCAUGUCAAAAUUAUGUCCACCAUAUUCACUAAAUCCACAUCAAUAGGCUGUUGAAAAUAGGCCCUGAUGUGUGUGUUGAUUUCCUAGUUUCAAUAAGUAGAACACACGACAGUGGUGCAAAGUCCGUAGGGAUUUCUGUUAUGAACCAGACACGGUUAUUAAGUAAAUACGAAUAACUGUGUUAUUCUUUUGUUUUCCUUAAUGAAUUUAGCACCAUUGUGAGACAUCUCCAUUUUUGGGGGUCGUGUGGAUGGCAGGCAUUUGGAGGGUUAUUUAAUGAAAAGAGUGUAGCGUGAAUGUAGUCCUACUUGUUCACUACUCUUUCUCUGUUUUAGUAAACAAGCUUUUUUUUAAUGAAACGAUAUAUUUGUGACCCAUUUUCAAAGAUUUAUGUCUCCACUUGCACUGAAUGGGAGCGCUGCAGUCAGUGUGGGGAGGUCUAAGUCUAACAAAUGUAAAGCAUUAUUCCUAUUGUUUGUUUGUCCCCCCCCCCACACACACACACACACACCCGAUUGUUUCGAGCAUAAUGAAAUUCAAAGUGGGGAUUUAUGAUAAGGUUUUGUUUUUAGAUAUUUAUCCCAGUGCAAAGGUGUUUUGAAUAUCAAAUAAUGUGGUGUUGUUUUUUGUUAUAUGUUUCAGAAUAACUGAAUCUAUUUUAACCACAUAAUCCAGCACCGAUACUUGACGACAUACUGGCUCUCGUUCAUCAAACUGUUGUAGAAACCGGGGCAGAUCUGGGCACAGAAAAGUUCACUUGAGAUUCAUGAAAUGUUCAUUUCUCAUCAAUCACCCCGUGAGAAUGAAUGGACAUUGAUAGAUGUGGCGACCGAAACACAAUCGUCAUUUAAAUGUAACGCCCUGUACUGUAUAUUCACGGUUCAGAUGCGUUGGCUUUGACCAAGAAGAGGAAUUUUUUUGAUCAAAUCUGGGAAUGGGAAGUCUGACAUCACAAGCCGAAAUCUAAACGACUCGUUUUAUUUGUCACUCUGAAAAGAGCGACCACAAAUAGUGAGGGGAAAACAAACUGUAAUGAAAUCAGUGCUGCAAUCAAACACCAGCUUAGGUAUGAAUAUUGAAUAUAUGAAAUACAAAUAAUUGGAAUACACUGUAUAUAUGUAUAAUUAACAUAGACUAAACUUUUACUAGGUGAAGAAGUCAAGUUCAAGUCAAGAAGAAAGUGUGUUGCAUCCCUAAAGGGCAGCACCCUGCUCUCAAACCUUCUGCAUCUGAGCCAAGUAAGAGUUCAAAUGUUUGAUUUUUGUAGUUCACUUUCUAGCUUGUAUUUUAAAAGCCCCUCUGUAAUCCUUCUAAUCUGAAUUAUAUUUUAGAUCAAUCAGAGCCUGGCACUGGUGAUGUUAAGCAUCCAUUCAGUCAGUUCAGACUCCAGCCCAUAAUAUACCAUUAUACCUGUAAAUUAUUCAGUAUGGGAUUGUGUUUACUCUUGCUUUUAAAAACAUUUUCAACCACUUAUUAUUUAAUGAUCAGUGAAAGCAGUUAUUAAGUGUAGCUUUUUUCUAUCUUUUGUCUUUUUUUAACCAACAUUUUAGAAACCAUCCAAUUAAAGUUA